AUGAAUUCUGUUCUCGAUUCUUCCGAGGAGAAAACAAAUGGCACAAAACUUUUACGACUGGUAAUCGAUGGAGGCACAACCGUCUUGAGAGAGUAUUUAAAGAAAUCCACCUGUCCAACACUGCAAGACGUGCUCCUCAAACACAAGGGAAGGCUUGCUUACCUGAAGUCACUUAAAAAGAACAUACUUACCGAUGAUCAGUGGAAGAAGUUAUUUCCUUCUAGCGGUGUUCCACCAAACCCUCUAACAUUUGACAUAAGUCUUUUGCAUCUCUUACUACGGGAAGUUUGUGGUUUGACUGCACCAGCUAAAGGAUGGCACGAAAUGCCUCCAGAUACUGAACUCAGCAAAGAAGCUCACAUCGUCCGGAUUAAGUUCCUUCGAAAUGAGCUGUGUCAUGGAAUAUCCACCAGUAUUCCAAAUGACAAAUUCCAAGAGAAAUUGCAGACGAUUGCCCAAUCAUUGGUGGCGUUGGGACUUGAUCAGAAGGAAGUAGAUCGCCUUGCAACUGAACCUAUUGAUCACGACACUGAACGUCGAGUAAGCGAGGAAGUAGAGAAGUGGAAAAUGGAAUUUGAACCACGGUUAAACAAGCUAGAGAAUGACAUUUCUGCUAUUCAAGCUUCUAUUUCAGGGCAAGCCACAAGUAGCCUCUCAAACUGUCUUCCGGAUAAAAAUAAUGUCGUUGGCCGGUCCGAAGAGGUAGAAAAAAUCAUCGUUGCAAUUCGAACUGAACGUGCAGCUGCAGCUCUUGUUACUGGGGGACCUGGCUUUGGUAAAACAGCAGUAGCAAUUGAAGUGGGCCACGAAUUGGCAUCCAACGAGAAUGAAGAGAGGACAGUUUUGUUUUGUUCACUCAGAUCUAAAGCAGCCAUUGCUGAAGUAGCUACCUCGAUGAUCCUUCCGUGCAGUACAAACCUCUCUCCACCACCAGAACAUCCCCAACAUUGGCUCCGAAAUUGGAGCAAACAACAGCAGAAGAAAGUUUCUUUCAUUCUGGACAACGCAGAUGAUGUUCUCGAAUCAGAUGAUCGAGCUGCAUUUGUAUCCAUUUUAAAGGACAUGAGAACUCUUUCAAACGGUAAGAUCUCAUUUGUUAUCACUUCUCGAAGAGUAUUUCAAUUAGACCUCAACUUGCGAAUGGAAUGUGUGAGAUUGAGAACACUAUCCCGUGAGCACGCACAGGAACUCCUCAUGUCCAAAGUCCUUGAUCCAGAUGUGAAACAAGGGCUCUCCAAGACAGAUAAAUUGGUUCAACUUUGCGGUCGUGUACCCUUAGCCUUAUGCAUCAUAAGUUCGUUGCUUUCAGACUAUUCUGAAGAUCAGCUCAUUGAACGCCUUGAGGAAAAGCCAUUGGAUGUUCUCAAAGAGGAUGAAAGUGAUGAAAAUUCUGUUGAAAAAGCAAUUCACACUUCUUUCAACUUUUUGAAUGAAGAUAAACAAAAGGCUCUGGUAAUUCUGUCAGUUUUUCCAGGCUCAUUCAGUAAUGUUGCUGCCCAAGCUGUUAUUAAGGAAGUUGGUUGUCAAGAUGAUCCUGGAUUAAUUCUCCGUUCCUUGAAAGACAGGUCACUUAUUGAGAAACCUGCCCAAUACAGAUAUCAAAUCCAUCCAUUCAUUCAAAAAUUUGCAAAGAAGGAUUGA